UUCUCACGCUGUAGCUCGAUUUGGUGGGCGGGAGAACCAGCCAGUUAAAAUUCAACGUCAUCGCUGCCGUCUAAGUCCACCACCACCGCACGAGGGUCAAACCGUCAAACCCAGUUGCCGUUACCUUUCCGUUACUCUCUCUCUCUCUCUCUCUCAACCCAGUUGCCGUUACCUUUCCGUUACUCUCUCUCUCUCUCUCUCUCUCUCUCUAUAAAUACGCGCAUCUACCUGCUCGGAGUAAGCUGAUUUUUGUUUCACCCUCCUCAGUUCUCACCCCACCAGAGCCGUCUGUACCCAACUACUGAUUUCCUCUCUCUACAGCUUCAGGUUGACGUUGUUGUUUAAAGACCAAGAAGUUUUCCAAGCGGAAGAUAGUGGAGCUUGCUGCCAAUACUUAUCUGUACUGAGACGCCUGGGAAAAUUCAUUUCCUGGAUCGGUAAUUGCUUUUCAAAAUUACUAUUUCAUCAAACUGCUGAUGCAAAGUUUUUAGCAUGGACUCACGUCACUCUUUUGGAUACGGUGUGACUGGUGCAAAGUUAUCCUACUCUUCUUAUCCCGCAGUUCUACCUAUACCUGAUAGUUUAUUCGAGUCCUUGAAGUUCGAUUCAUUGGAUCCAUAUAGCUCAUCUUUCUCAACUCUUUCUGAGCCGCUUACCCCGUUGAGCAACAUUCAGGACCAACACAGCUCCACAGAUAAUCCCUCAGUGGGGAGCCUUUCUUGUAGCUCUCCACUUGAAACUACCAGCUAUUUCCAGCAGUUAAGCCCUUCUUCCCUGGAGUGCUAUCAAAAUCUUCCACUGUUACGUUUUGAGGGAGAUUCAUUUUUCCAGACUGCAAAUGUUGGUCAGAAUAUAAAGUACACACUGCAGGAAUUAGAGACGGCCCUGAUGGAAAAUGACGAAGAGGAAGAAGUGUCAGCAACACCAUAUCCUUCUUUCGGGGGAAAUAAUCGGCCAAAAACAGCUGGUCAGAGGUCUAUGGCAUGGAACCAGGAACUCCAGGUUUCAAAUACGACCAUAUCUCAACCGUCCCAUUCUUAUGACAAGUCAGCUGGGAGGUUUCAAACUGAGAUGCAUUACGAAGCCAUGGAAGAGACUUCUUUGCUGGGAAAACCACCAGAUAAUCUGAAGCAGUUGCUGAUUGCAUGCGCUGAAGCUCUAUCUGAAAACAAAUUGGAAGAUUUCGAAAAAUUGAUUGAAAAGGCUCGGAGUGCUGUAUCGGUCAGCGGAGAGCCAAUCCAGCGUCUUGGUGCUUAUAUGAUAGAAGGGUUGGUAGCAAGGAAAGAGUUAUCAGGCUCUUACAUAUACCGGUCUCUCAAGUGCAGGGAGCAGCCAGAGGGAAAGGACUUGCUUUCCUACAUGCACAUCCUUUACGAAAUCUGCCCUUACUUGAAAUUCGGUUAUAUGGCUGCGAAUGGGGCAAUUGCGGAGGCAUGCAAGAAUGAAGACUGCAUCCACAUCAUAGACUACCAGAUAUGUCAGGGAACCCAGUGGAUGACUCUCUUACAAGCACUCGCUGCAAGACCCAGUGGUCCCCCUCGCGUGCGGAUCACUGGGAUUGAUGACCCAGCUUCUCAAUAUGCGCGUGGAAGUGGUUUAGAAGCAGUUGGAAGGCAUCUGGAAGCAAUUUCCGAGAAAUUCAACAUCCCGGUGGAGUUUCAUCCGCUGCCGGUUUUUGCUUCAGAAGUUACGAGGGAAAUGCUUAGAAUAAGGCCAGGGGAGGCGGUGGUUGUCAAUUUUCCUCUUCAGCUCCACCACACCCCCGAUGAGAGCGUCGACGUGACAAACCCUAGAGAUGGGCUUCUCAGAAUGGUGAAGUCGCUGUCUCCCAAGGUUGUCACUCUGGUGGAGCAAGAAUCAAACACCAACACGGCUCCCUUUGUAUCUAGGUUCAUUGAGGCACUCGAUUACUACUCGGCGAUGUUCGAGUCCAUAGACGUAGCCCUUCCGCGGGAUAAGAAAGAGCGGAUUAACGCAGAGAUGCACUGUCUGGCUAGGGAUAUCGUGAAUGUUGUUGCUUGCGAAGGGAGGGAGAGGGUGGAGCGUCACGAGCUGUUGGGAAAGUGGAAGUCAAGGUUUACGAUGGCGGGGUUCCGGCAGUUUCCUCUGAGCUCUUACGUGAACUCUGCGAUUGGGGGGUUGUUGAAGGGUUACUGCGAACAUUAUACACUUGUGGAAAAGGAUGGGGCUAUGCUGUUGGGGUGGAAGGACAGGAACCUGGUCUCUGUUUCUGCUUGGUGUUGAGCAUGAAGGGGGAGAAAUGUAGUCAUAGAGAAUGACCUAGUUUUGUAGUCUGCACUGGCAUGCCAGGGGAUAAGCUAGGCUAGGCUGAACGUAUAUGGGAACCGAAAUGUGGUACUUUCUCUUGCGGGUACAUGGCACCGACCAUGUUUGCUCUUUCCGGGCCUGUACAAUUAGUGUUGUAUAAUGUGUCACAUCAGAUGGUAUCUAAAUGUAGGUCACGUUUGCAAUAAUAUACUGGUUGACAUCCCUCUUA